AUGCUCGCUUAAAUAAAAGUUGGAAAAAAUUUGCUAAAUCUAAUUGUAAUAAACUUGCUGCUGAAAUUAGAAGAAAAAUAAGAAGAUAAACCAAUUUAUUAAGUAAUAAAGGUUUUAAUUUUAGGGAUUUCACCAAGAUAAGGCCAGUUGUUGUCAAAACUCAGCUAAUUAAUGUUUUUUCUCAACCUUUAGUAAUAAUACUGAACUGAAGUGUGAACUAUAUUAAUAAUAAUAAGUUUAUUAUCUUAUGAAGAAUCUCUGA